AUGUCUGUAAGGAAUAGUGAAGUCGAAGUGAAUGGUUGGACAACAUUCGAUGUACCAAAUCAAUUCGAAGAUCUAAAGAAACAACUCGCUACAGGAUCAUAUUAUGUACAAAAUGUUCUCGAUCUUGGUGAUAUUAACACUCGUUUACAAAAUAUUUCACGAAUUCGAGAACCCAAAGAAUUACUUGAGAUGUUUCCAUUAUUCUACAGUAUUGCUAUUCAUUUUGAGAAAGUAUCGAUCAAUGGACGUUCUCAAGCGGUAGAAAUCUUACUUCGAUUAACAGCAAGUGAAAUGUCAGAAGCUCAACGUCGAAUUCAUAUUGGUCUGAGUGCUGAUGAUCGACGUUUCCAUUUGAACAUCGUGAAAAUGCUUUCAUGUCUUCUGGCUGAAUAUAUCGUUCGAUUUGAUAAUGAUCAAGCAAAUAAAUCAUCAGAUUUUGAUAUGCCUGCACCAAAAAAGGGAAAGAAAAUCAAAGAAGGAGAAAGUGGUGGAAAAACUAAUGUAACAUCCGACGUCCUACGAGACAGAUGUCUGAAAGGCCUUUGUGAUAUUCUUCGAUCACAUAUCAAACCAUUAUGGGACUCGUCGAUCAUCGAUGAACAAUUCGUCAAAUGUGUAACAAAACCCUGUUAUCAUCUACUUCGUCGACAAGAUAUUGCAAAGAAUCCCAUCGUGAAAGAAAAUCUUCCAUUGAUUCUCACGAUUAUGAUCAACAAAUUCGAACACGCACGAGAAGCAUCGAUUCAAUUUAUUCAAGCCGUGAAACUUUAUGAUAGUAAUUCAAGUUUAUUGAUUACGGUGCUAAAUUCACUUCUGACAGAUUAUCAAGACACGUCGUUGGCAGUUGAAUUAUUAAAAGAGAUUUGUGAGACGAAUUUUGUUGCAGCACAAGCAGACAAUGCAUCAGCAAAAACCAUGGCGACAUUCAUUAUCGACAUGGCAAGAUUAGAUCCACAUAUUAUUCGAACAAAUAUCGAUCAGAUAACAGAUUUAUUAACAGCUGAAAGUCAUCAUAUUCGUGUUGCUGCUCUAACAGCAUUCUGUUCCGUUAUCGAAAAACUUCUCUCAUCCGAUGACCUCGAUGAUGGACAAAGAAAACUGCGUGACGAUCUGCUACAAAUACUUCGAGAACAUGUCUCAGAUGUCACUGCGUUUGUUCGUCAACAUUGUUUACAACUAUGGACUUCAUUAGUUCAACAAAAGAAAGUUCCGGUUAGACAAUAUAUCCGAGCAUUCGAACUUGGAUUAGAUCGAUUGAGAGAUUCCGCUUGUGCGGUACGAAAGGAUGCAGUGACGUUGGUGAUGCAUAUGGUUCUAAAUAAUCCCUAUUUUGUUGUGGAACAUGUCUCAGAUGUCACUGCGUUUGUUCGUCAACAUUGUUUACAACUAUGGACUUCAUUAGUUCAACAAAAGAAAGUUCCGGUUAGACAAUAUAUCCGAGCAUUCGAACUUGGAUUAGAUCGAUUGAGAGAUUCCGCUUGUGCGGUACGAAAGGAUGCAGUGACGUUGGUGAUGCAUAUGGUUCUAAAUAAUCCCUAUUUUGUUGUGGAUUCUACACGAGCUCAAUUCGAAGAACGACAGAAUGACGCGGAAACGAAAUUAGCUGAACUUCGUAGUGAACUUGAAAAGUUAAAUCAAAAUAGAAAGGAAGACAAGGCGAAUUUGAAGGGAAAAGUUGAAUCGGAUGAUGAAGAUAGUGGAGCCGAAGAAGAUGAUGAAGAACAAGAAACAGAUGAAAUGCCUGUUGACAAUAAUCAAGAAAAAGAAGCUCCCAAUGAAGAUCAAUCGCUUCAGGAAACUUUAGCUCGUGUUAAACUUGAAGAACAAGUGAUGCGUGUUGAAGAAAUCGUCACGUUAUACAAAGAUGGUCUCCAAUUUAUGGAUUUAAUCGAACAAGCUAAUCGUCAUGUUGUGAAUCUAUUCAAUUCGCCUACAUUAGCAGAUUGUAAACAAGCUGUUGAUUUCUUUGUUAAUCUACGUCAUUAUCGUCUUGUUUUACCAAAUAUUGAGCAAAGUCUACGACUGAUGUUUAGUCUAAUUUGGUCAGCUGAUAAAUCCAUAUGCGAAGCGAUUACUCAAGCAUUUGUAAAGAUUUAUUUCGAUGUCGCACCAACAGUUCCUGCAGCACAUGUUCCUCUUCAUCAAGCUCGUGCGAUUAUUCGUGCAUUGAAAGGCGCUACAUUCUCCGAAGAGCUGUGUUUCGAAGAAAUUCUCAAACAAUUAAUCAAAAGCAAGAAAAUUGCCACUGAAGCCAUCACUGAAGCUCUAUGGAGAUUCUUCAAAGCACCACCGGACGAUAAUACUGACGUUAUUGCAGGAAAGAUUCUAACAUUCAUCGUCGGAAAUGAAGUGAAUACAAAAUUGAAUGAUAUUACGGAUCUGAUUCAAGCGAAAGAUAAAAACCGUCGUUUCGUACAUAUUUCUUGUUUAUUGUUGCAAUUGGCUGCAACACCGAAGAAGAUUGAAAAUGGCGUGCGACCCAAACAAUUUCGUUUACCGAAAACGCAUCGGCUAUUCGAGAUUCUUGGCAAUAUCAUUGUCUCAACUUUUCAUGAUGUUUCGGACCGACAAUGGACACCUAUGAUGGAAUCGGCAUUCGACGUCAUUUUCAAGUUAGCUGAUGGUCCAAUCAAACACAUAGAAAAUAUCAUUAAAAAACUUGCUGUGAAAACCGGUGUGAAACUCGGUGGAUUGAUCAAAAUUCCAACAGCAUCACAGUCGCAACCUGUGUUUAACGAACCGAUGGACUACGAAAACGCGGGUUGGGAUAACAGUCAAAACCAAUUAUCUCAACAACAACAAUCUCAACAUCAUCAUUCACAGAACAAUUCCAAUUCGGCGUUGUUGUUAGUUCGGUUUUUGAAUUGUUUGGGAAAAGCAGCUGUUGGUAUUGUUUAUUACGUUGAUUGUACGGUUAAAGAUGAACUUUUCCGACGGAAAGAAGCUAAACAAUCAACAGUAGCCAGUAAAAAAUCGCAGCCCAAACAACGAAAAUCAGCGAAAAAGCGGACAAAACGGAAAACACCUGAUGAAGACGACGAAAAUUCAUCGAUCAACGAUACUACCGCAAGUUCAUCAAAUCUCACCUUAAAUUCAACUACAAAUCAAACAAUUGACGAUGACCAAGACGAUGAAAUGUGUCAAGUGUUUGGCGGUGCUGAAGCUGAAGAUCCGGUGGACAAUGAAAUCGGUCAAUAUAUCCAAUCCUUAUGCGAAAAGAACUCUUUAUUAAUGCAAUACAAAAAUAUUCUCGAACAAAUUCUUCUCCAUCCAAAUGAAUAUCGAGAAGAAGCUUUACAAUUGAGUGCGACGAUCUGUUUAUGUAAAUUUAUGUUACUAUCUGUUGAAUUAUGUGAAACACACGCAAAAAUGUUAUUUGACUUACUAAAAAACUCGACUUUUGAAAGUGUACGAGUGGCUAUUAUGGUUUUAAUGAAUGAUUUUUAUCUAAAAUAUCCACUAGCAUUUGCGGCGUAUUCAAAUGAUGUUUAUGGCUGUUUGCGUGACCGAUCGGAUAACGUUCGUUUAGCUGCUCUGAAAACGAUCUCAAAUCUAAUACUCAAAGAAAUGGUUAAGCCCAAAGGUCAAAUUAGUGAAAUCGCUCUGUGUAUUAUUGACAAGCAUCCUCAAAUAGCAACAUUAGCCACAUCAUUCUUUAGUGAAUUAGCGAAACGCCAACAUGGUGAGGCAUUAUUCAAUAUUUUACCCGACAUUUUCUCGAAUCUCGUCGGGGGUGGAUUGGAUAAAGAGCGACAAUUGAGUGAAGAAGAUUUUAAAUGUAUUAUGGAAUUUCUAUUCAAAUAUGUUAGUAAAGAAAAACAAACAGAGAGUUUAUCGGAAAAAUUAUGUCAACGAUUUCAUCUGGCUGAUAACAAUCCUCGUUUAUGGCGUGAUCUUGCUUAUAUUAUGUCAAAAUUAACAUACAACGAACGAGCGUUGAAAGGUUUACUAGAUCAUUACAAUUACUAUGCUGAUAAACUCGUCGAAGAUGCUGUUUACGAAUCAUUCUUAACAAUCAUCAGUAAUGCCAGGAAAUUAUUAGGCAAUAAACCGGAUCUUAAAGUUGUACUCGAUGAAUUAUCAACUCGUAUUGAUCAAGCACGAUCAUCGAGUGGUAUUCUCGUUGCUGUACAACAAGCACAGCAGAAAACCAAACAGCCGCUUAAAGCUUCUCGUGCCGGUGGUGCUGCGAAGAAAGGAAAAGCAACGGCAAGUCGUAGUAAAGCGAAAACAUCGCAAUCGGAUGAUGACGAUGACGACGAUGAUGAUAAUGAUGAAAAUGAUUUCAAACCAACGAAAAAAGAAGUGAAAACACCUACAGCAAUUCGAUCGAGACGUGGUGCGGCCGUAACUGCACGAAAGAAAGCAACUAUUGUAGCGAGUGACGAUGAUGAUGAAGAUUAA